AUGCCAUCCGAUCGAGCUGUACGAAUCACCCACUCAGUGUUAUUCGGGUUGACGCUAUUGGUAUCGAUCAUAGCCUUGAUCAUAUCUGCUACUUUGGUAGCUCAUUAUAACAACGAGGGAUAUCCACCGGUGCAUACGGGGGCGUAUACCGCUAGGAUAAGGAUAUUGCUGGUGGCUAGUGUCUGGACGACGUUCUUUGGUAUCAUCCUCACCGUCGGAUUUCAAUUACUCGGUACCCACCUCAUCUUUGGUAUUCUCUCUCAUCUCAUCCCAGUCGCUAUCGGGUUCAUCCUCUACCUCAUCGGUUCUGCGUCCUUGACCGGCCUGACAGCCAAGAUCGACUGUGGGAAAUCAGGUGAUAGUUUCAGUAGAUGUGGGGUUGUGAAGGGUUUGGUGGUCAUAAGUUGGAUUGAUACAAUCAUCCUCCUCCUUACCCUCAUCUUCAUCAUCGUCCUAGCAUUCGUUGCAAGAGGUAGAUAUGGUGUCCACAAAUCAACCUUAUACGCUGAUUAA